AUGUCCCAGCUUCCCGAUUUAGAGAGCUAUGGAAUUGUGAUCACUACAAUCAAGGCCCUGGGGCACUCGAAAGAGACGGUGACUAUAGAUGGAGGCAAAGCCUUCUAUGAAGCCAUCAAGCUAUCCGGAGAGCUAGAGUUGACAACGGGCCACUUGGUUCUGCAACCCAUGCCCGCCACAGUGUUCGGUCACUCGCCACAGAGUGAGGCACAUGCUAAUGAAAUCAACAACAUAAACACUGCUCUCCGCAACUACAGCAAAUCCUACCUGAAGUACUGGGAUCAGACUGCCAAGUUAUCCGAAAUCGGGAGACUCGCGGAUGCUAUACUUAUGCCCGUAUCCCCGACACCUGCUCCUGCACCAGAGAAAGUGCAAUAUUUUGGUGAGAAGAAAGAUUUUGGGUAUACAUACCGCUGA